AGCUGUGACACAAUGGGUGUUUGCUCAUGAUCUCACAAGGGGAAGGGUUCUGCCAUGGCAUGAGGACCUGCUGCGAGGAGAUCAAGAAACGCAAGCCCUGAUAAACAUGCCAAAAAUGCACAUGAUGGGGAAUUUGUAGACUAUGGAAAUAAUACAAUCCAAGCAGCCAGCAAGAGGCAUGCAGCAGGAGAGGAAAAUGUGCAACAUUUGUUUUUAUUGAAAGAUCAGGAAAAUAAAAAGCCACAAGCUCCAGAACACCAUUCAGUAACACAAUAAAGCAAGAGACAAAAGAACACAAGCCUCCAAGCAUUUACAGCAAACAUUGCAGAUUCAUCUUUUAGACAGUUGGAGAAUUACUGUCUGACGGUAUCAAGAUACUUUUCUAAAGCUAAGAAGGAAUCUCCUUGUGAAUCACAUGUGGAGAUGUGGAUCUACAAAGCAAGCAUGUCUCUUUACUCUGGAGAUCAUCAUGUGCAAACGCCCUCAAACACAGGCAGGAGAAGAGCUGUUGGACCUAUCCAUAUUCAUCUCCACCAGGGCUUUCUACCUUCUAGUGAAGCACUUGGUUUCACUGUGCUGUCUUCAAGGGAACCUCCCACUCUGCCGCACCGGAUACAGCAAAGCAAAGCACAGCAGCAGCUCCAAAACCGGGUUCGGUCGGCUACCAUCAUUCAGGCAGCAUGGAGAGGCUACCAAGCUCGAAGAGAGCUGGAUGAAAUGAACAAAGCCGCUGUCAAGAUUCAGGCAGUGUGGAGAGGCUACCAAGCUCGAAGAGAGCUGGAUGAAAUGAACACAGCCGCUGUCAAGAUUCAGGCAGCUUAUCGAGGCCAUAGGAUACGGCAGGCAUUGCCCCUUGGGUUUUACAAUUGCUUAAGAGAUAAAAAGGCUGCACUGGGUGGAAAGAAGAAAGAAGAAGAGGGAGUUAUGUCAGAGCUUGGAGUGCCUGGCACCCUGGAGUGCAACAUGUUGUGUGAGGAAACCUCCCAUGCACCAGCUGCUACCUCCAAAACUGAGAGUCCAGCAGCCUCUCGCAGGGACAGACAUGGUCCAAGCUCUGAUAUUAUUCCUGGGGCAGCCGUCUACAAUCCAGAGGUUUAUCUCAUGCCCAGCAAAGCUGUGAACCAUGAGGACAGUUUACUUGCCUUUGAGAUUCUCCCAGCUGUGACGUCUGAACAGCAAGUCCAGAAUGCUGCAGAUCAAAUUCAGGCUGCAGGGGGAGAGCACCAAAGCAUAGAAGAGCUUGGUAAAAUGGAAAAAACAGCUGAGAAAAAAUCAGAGCAGAACCUGGUCUUAGCCUACAGUUGUCAACUCAAACAAAACCUUUGUGAAAAUCAUCACAUUUCAGAUAUAUGCAGUAUCACUGGAGUGCUGAAUUGGACUUCAAAGCCCAAAGACAUGGUGCCAUACCCCAAACAAAGCCUCACUGUGCAGAUAGAAAUGAAAAAGGGAGAAAAAGCAUCUGACACUGAGAGUGAAGCCCCAUCCAUUAGGAAGGUUGAUGUGCACACAGUGGUGAGGAACCUGCUGGGCUCCCAGCGGUGCCCCAUCUCCCUCCACGUGUCCAGUCCCAGCGGAACCGUGGAGUGCUCUCACAGGGACAUGGCCACGGGGCAGCUCCAUGGGCUGUACGCUGUCAGAGGACUUGGGGGCUUGCAACCUGCUUAUGUCUCCAUCUGCAUCAGAGUGGUGGAAGCAGGUAGGGAGGCAGGUGGGAGCUUGGCACGGUAGGAAAGCACCGAGGAGACCCAGCACUGAAACAUCUCUUCUCAUCCUGUCCUCACAGAGCUUGGCCGUGGCUGAAACUCUCGUCCUGGAGCAGCUCUGGCAGCAUCCACCAUGGGCUGCCAUCAGCCCUUCACACAGACCUCCUGCUGCUGCCUGCCGUGGUCACAUCUCUCAAGGCAAGCUCCAGUUGCUGUCACAAACCGGUCCAAGCAGAAGCGCAAGAUACGUGCACGCUUUUAGAGCUCGUUACUUGGCCUGGGGUACUCUUAGGCAACGCUGCAGCUACAAGCCCAUCGCUCUGGGAGUCAGUUUUCACACCACCACGCUGCUCUAGCAGCACGCCCAAUAAACGCCGUGCAGCGGCCGUGCCCGUGUGCUGCGCUGCCGCGUCCCGCCUGGGAGCGGAGCUGGAGCGGCGCGGAACGGAACGGAGGGAGCCGAGCGUGGAGCGGGC